CCCCGGUCCCCCCGGCUGCAUCGCGCUCACCCAAGGGCGGCACAGGCACCCAGAGCCGGACUCCACGAUGGGAGGCAAGCUCAGCAAGAAGAAGAAGGGCUACAGUGUGAACGACGAGAAAGCCAAGGACAAGGACAAGAAGGCUGAAGGCGCGGGGACCGAAGAGGAGGGGACCCCGAAGGAGAGCGAGCCCCAGGCGGCUGCGGAGCCCGCAGAGCCCAAGGAGGACAAGGCCGAGAAGGACGCCCAGGACGCCGAGCCCAAGGCCGACGACAAGGGCAAGAAGGACGCGGCUGCGGCCCAGGAGGGGGCGCCCAAGGCCGAGCCCGAGAAGACGGAGGGGGCCGCCGAGGCCAAAGUCAAGGCCGAGCCCGCCCAGGCCCCGGAGCAGGAGGCGGCGGCCGGCGACACCCCCAAAGCUACCGAGGAGGCCGCAGCCGCCGCCCCGGCCGAGAGCACGACCCCCGCUCCGGGGGGCGACCAGAGCCAGGAGGAAGGGGACCCCAAAAAGACUGAGGCUCCCGCAGCUCCUGCCGCCCCGGAGACGAAAAGCGACGGGGCCCCAGCUUCAGACUCAAAACCAAGCAGCACUGAGGCUGCCCCCUCUUGCAAGGAGCCCCCCGCAGCCACGGAAGCGCCCAGUUGUACCCCCAAGGCCCAGGCCCCCGCAGCCCCUGCAGAAGAGCUCAAGGCCCCCGAGGCCCCCGCGGCGAGUUCCGAUCAAACCGUGGCCGUGAAAGAGUGA